AACUCUCUCCCCCCUCCUUCAUAAUCUCCGCCUACCCCGAGCAAAGCAAGGCCUUCCCCCGUUUAUCUGACUCUGCUUGCCUCCUGCUACCAUCCCCUUAGUCUGCGACAGUCUGCUUGACUUUUUGUGAACGCUGCAUCAUGAUGAAUGUGGACUGCAUCUGGGGUCUCUCCAUGUUCCUGUCUCUGAGUUUAGGAUGGACCAAGGCUCAGCAGACCAACUACACCAGGCCUGUGUUCCACUGUGGAGGGGACCUGGUCUCAGACUCAGGCUUUGUUGGCAGUGAGGGGUUCCCAAGCUUCUACAAACCCAACAGCAAAUGUACCUGGCGUAUCACAGUCCCAGAGGGAAAUGUAGUCAUGCUCACUUUCCGAAUUUUUGACCUGGAGGCUGAUUCACAAUGUCGCUACGAUUAUCUGGAUGUGUACAAUGGCCAGUCCAACCUGGUGCAAAAACUUGGCCGCUUUUGUGGAACUUUCCGGCCUGGCGCUCUUAUUUCCACCACAAACACCAUGAUGCUAGAGAUGGUGUCUGAUGAAGCGACACAGGGCAGAGGGUUUGUGGCCUACUUCAAUGGAGCCAAACCAUACGUAGAUGACCAGCAGUUCUGUGGAGGGAAGAUGACGAAGGCCCAGGGAGAGAUCAAGACACCCAAUUGGCCAGACAACAAAUACCCUGCAGGGACCAGCUGCUCCUGGCUUAUCACUGUGGAGCCUAAUAUGGUAAUCCAGGUUAAGUUUGGUAAAUUCGUCUUGGAGGCUGACAGCUAUUGUCGGUUUGACUAUGUGGCAUUCUUUAAUGGUGGAGAGAAGGAUGAUUCGCGGCUAAUUGGAAAAUACUGUGGUGAUCGGGCCCCACAGCCCAUCAUUACCAGCGGCAAUGUGCUAUUGGUCCAAUUUGUGUCGGACCUCAGUGUGACAUCGGAUGGAUUCUUUGCUGAAUAUACCAGCGUCCCACCUGGUUCUCAGAUACCUUCAAUCGACUCAGGAGUCGGCAGCAGGUCCAUCCCCCCAAAACCUGCUGUAAAACCAACUGCACCCCCACCCGUCCCCACCGCCAAAUAUGUGCCAGCUGACCCCAAAGAGGGACCCAAUUCACUCAAGCCCUCUAGAGGCCGUGGACAAGGCAACAGGGGGGUUCCCGUCACAAGACCAAAUGGAAAGAGGCCUGUCCCUCAAAACCCUGUGUGUGCCAAAGCCUGCAGAAGAGACGGAACCAUCAAGACCAGUUUCUGUGCAAGUGAAUUUGUGAUAACUGGAAAGGUGACCUCUCUGGCCCCCGGGCCCAGAGGCACUCUUAUUGUCAGCAUCUCCCUCACUAAGGCCUACAAGGCAGGUCGACUGACGAUCACACAAGUGGGAGAAACCACGUCGGUUAAACUGGUGUCCCAGUGCAAGAAGUGCCCGCUGCUCCGCAGAGGUGGCAGCUACAUUAUCAUGGGUCAAGUGGAUGGAGAAGGACGUGGUACCCUGGAACCCGGUGCAUUCACAGCUCCAUACAAAGCCCCACAUCACAAACUAUUAAUGAAUAUCAACAACCAACCGUGUUAACCUCACACACACGUGAAGGCUGGAGAUUCAGAUGACACAUCAAAUACAAUACAUCCAGACAUUACAAUGUGAAAUACAGAUCAAUUAAAGCACAGUGUAAAAGAUAUACACAACACCAGAGUUUUAGCCACCAUUUUAAAGGAAUACACAUUUUUUAUUGCAAACACCUGCCGAACCUAACCUACCUUGGUAAAUUAUAUGAAUAAAGGUUUUAUAUCUCUUACAAA